UUGCAAAGCAGUAAUCUAUUUGGUACUUAUUGCGUUGUUUACAAUCAGUUAAGACUAACUUCCUAUUUGUUAUUUGGAUGCUUUUAUUUUGAAAGGACUUCCUGUUUUGAGUGAGCGCGAACUAGCUUAACGGCAAAGAAAGGACUGAAAAGUAUAUGGUUGACACGGAGCGAAAUAAAUGAACAGCAUUUUGUGCUAAGCAACCCCCUUGAUCGAGGCACAAGCUCUUACGGUGAAAUUGAUGGUUUGCUGCCAUUAAACCUGAAAAUUCAUCAGUGAAGUGCGAUCCUUCAUUCAGUAAUGGCUUACAUCGGGGAGAGUGAAAGUUUGUCGCGGGGGAGAAACACGUGCCCCGAGCCAAGCGGGAGAGCGUCACCCCAUAUGCUACAAUUAACUGCCUGCGAUCUCAAAGAACAGCACGGCAACAGCGCGGAGCAGCGAACUGCAGCAAGGGUCUCAGGAUACGGUGUCAAACUAUUGCUCUCAAAAUGGAAAAUAUAGGAGGAGGACAGAUCAAUGAGAAAGAACAAGAGAAGUUCCAAUCUGAAAGUGAUGUAACUGUUAAUGAAACAUUACCACGGAGAUCAGAGCGGCCUAGUGUGCCCACAGAGAAAAUGCUCCUACAUCAAAAGGAUGAACAGACUAAAAGAGAGAAAAAAACUGUUAACCAUUUAUGAAUACUGGAAAAGCCAGGUCAGAAAAUACAGGUAAGACCUGAAAGGUGAUCUAUCAGAUUCACAUUUAGCAGAAAUGGCUGAUGAUAUUGAAAGAACAGUAGAUGACAUGAAGAAAGCAUACAGUGAACUGAGAGAGCGAAAUGCACCCUCCCAUGUCAUAAGGUGCAAAAUGGACUCCUGUGAAUCAAUAACAAAGGACAUUAUGAAAUAAUUUCUGAGCGCUUAGCAGCCAUAGAUGAGUACGAUGGACAAAGAGAAAGGCAGCGCUUCCAUCAACUCUUAGCCUAUGAACACGCUAAGUCCAUAUUUGGUACUGCAUCACAGUCAAGUCACCCCUCUGAAACAAGCAUUGAUUCUAAAAGAUUUGAUGUGGCUGCAGAAUUUGUUGCAAAUGAAGCUCAGUAUAAAAUUACGCAAGAGGAAAUCAAACAAAAGGAAAAACUUAGAGAAAUGGAAGAGAAACACAGGAGGGAAUUGGAUGCACAAAGAUGUGAACUGGAGCAUUUACAAGCAGAAAAGGAAAGACAAGCUGCUUGUGCAAAAUUUGAGACUUACGACAAUGAAUUAAAAGUUGUUGUGGACAGUCAGUCAAUGUUACAGAACCAUAUGACUCCUCCUGUCAACUAAAGGGUUGCACAACCGGACCCAGUACUCUCUACAGGUUCAUAUCACACAGUCAUGCAACAAUAUGCGUUCUUUCCUAUUAACAAUCCUGUACAACAACCACACCCUCAAGUUAUCACAACUUCGCCUCCCUCAGGCAUUUCCCAGCUGGCUAAAGCUAUCAAAGACAGCAUUGCUGUAAGCAGAAUCCCAGCAUCCGUGCCUAUCGUGGUCAGCGGAGAUCCAAUCACCUACAUCGAAUGGAAGGUCUCCUUCAUCUCACUGGUGGGCUGCAAAAGUAUAUCUCCUGCUGAUAAACUGCACCUGUUAAAGAGGUAUGUCACUGGUCCAGCACUUAAAUCUCUUGAAGGCACAUUAUAUUGCAGCGAUGAAGAGGCAUACAAAGAUGCCUGGAAAAGGCUUGAUCAACACUACCGCCAGCUGUUUGUUGUUCAAAAGGCAUUCAGAGACAAACUGUCAAAGUGGCCUAAGGUCCACUCAAAGGAUGCAGAAGGUUUACGGACAUUUUCUGAUUUUCUCAUGGCCUGUCUCCAAGCAUCGCCACAUGUUAAGGGAUUGGAGAUACUAAGUGACUGUGAGGAGAACCAGAAGUUGUUGCAAAAGCUAUGGGUGCUUAGACUAUGGUAUGGGUGCUUAAAGGUCGGUCAUAAUGCCAAAGACUGUCGUCAUCGUCUCACAUGUGACACCUGCAAAGGACGGCACCCGACUUGUUUGCACAAGAAGAAUCACAAGAGGAAUGAAAGACCACAGAGCCCCACAAACGUUAAUCCAACAAUUUAAAAUGACACUAUGGCAGCCACAGCUCUGAAUGUCACAGAAGUAGGCCAAUCAGGUAGUACCUCCAUGAUUGUUCCCGUGUGGGUCUCCACUGCCCUGAGUCUGUCCAAAGAGGAGUUAGUGUACACUCUAUUGGACACACAAAGUGACAAUACAUUUGUCAGUGAAGAGUUAACUAACCAGUUACAAGUGAAUUCCCACCCAGUUAAGCUAAAACUAACCACAAUGCUUGGAGCUCACAUGAUGGUCAAAGGUCAGAGAGUAUCAGGGCUACAUGUGAGAGGUUAUAACUCCGAUGUUCACAUUGACCUUCCGCCCUCUUACACAAAGGACUAUAUCCCAUUUAACUAUGACAAUAUUCCCACGAAUGAAACUGCAAAGGAAUGGCCCCAUCUCUCAGAGAUUGUUGAUAAGAUACCUCCUCUCCUGAACUGUGAUGUUGGGCUACUCGUUGGAUUUAACUGUCCCAGAACUCUAGCUCCAAAGCAGGUUGUACUCGGAAAGGACAAUGAGCCAUUUGCAAUCCAGACAGACCUAGGAUGGAGCAUUGUUGGCGGCUUCACAUCAGAGCCUAAUAAAAUUGAAACAAGUCUCUGCCUUAGAGUUACGGAAAAAGAACUUCCUCCGGUAACUCCUAUGGAUGUCAUCAAAGUUGUUGAGUCAGAUUUUAAGGACACAACAGCAAGCGACAAGAUGAUCAAAUUUUUCUGGACAAAGUAAAGGAAAGAAUAAGGAAAAAUGAACAAGGACACUGAGAUGCCUCUUCCAUUCAAACAAAGGCCAUGCCUACCAGACAACAAAAGGCUUGCAGAAAUCAGACUCAAACACUUAAAGCGAAAGUUCAACAAGGAUGAGAAAUACAAAAAGGACCAUGUUUUAUACAUGAAUGACAUAAUUGAAAGAGGAGAGGUUGAAGAAGUACACAAUGAAGGAACAAAAGAUGAACAAUGGUACAUCCCUCACCACGGGAUUUACAACCCUAAAAAGCCAACAAAACUAUGGGUCGAAUUCGACUGCUCAGCCAAACAAAAUGGAACAAGCCUCAACGAUCAUCUCCUUCAAGGGCCAGACGUAAUUAACAAUCUGAAUGGCAUUAACUUAAGGUUCAGGCAAUGUCCAAUUGCUUUAAUGUGCGAUAUAGAAAAGAUGUUUCACGUUGAGGGAAGGGAAAGCGAUUAUCUACGUUUCCUCUGGUGGAAAAACGGUGACACAAGCACACAACCUCAAACCUACAGAAUGAAAGUACACCUCUUUGGUGCAACGUCGUCUCCAGGUUGUGCAAACUAUGGACCUAAAUAUUUAGCCAAAGAGCAUGGCAAUUCUCACUCAGCAGGGUCACAGUUCAUGGAGAGAGACUUUUAUGUCGAUGAUCGAGUUACAUGCACAAGCACAGUGGAAGGAGCAAUACAGUUAGCUCAAGAGGCCAGAGAGAUCUGCAGCAAAGGCAACCUUCGUCUCCACAAGUUCACCUCCAACAAUCACACUGUUUUGCAAACCAUUCCUCCAUCAAAGUGUGCUGUAAACACAAACACAAAGGACUUAACAUUCAAAGACCUGCCUCAAGAAAGAGCACUUGGCAUCCAAUGGAACAUUGAAAGGGACUGUUUCAGAUUCAACAACACGCUAAAAACCCAGCUAGCCACUCGCAGAGGCAUUCUAUCCACUGUUGCUUCAAUCUAUGACCCGCUUGGAUUCUUAGCGCCAUAUGUACUAAAAGGAAAGAUGAUCUUGCAAGAAAUGUGCCAACAUGGUGUUGGAUGAGACGACCCCCUAUCGGACACACUGAAGCCAAUUUGGGAGAAUUGGCAAAGUGACUUUGUAAAUCUGGGAAAGCUAAACAUACCACGCUGUUACGUACCUGUUAAUUUUGGAGAGCCAAAAGAAAUAGAGUUGCACCACUUUUCAGAGGCGAGCUCAAGUGGUUAUGGACAAUGUUGCUAUCUGAGAGCCAAAAACGCUAAAGUUGAGAUACACUGCUCUCUAGUCAUGGCAAAAGCUUGGGUUGGUCCAACAAAACUGACCACAAUCCCCAGGCCUGAACUAAUAGCAGCUGUAGUCUCAGUCUCAGUGAGUAAGAUGGUAAGGGAGGAACUGUGUUAUGAUGUAAAAGAAUAUUUCUGGACCGACUCAAAGGUGGUAUUGGGCUACAUCAACAACGACGCACGUCGUUUCCACACCUUUGUAGCAAACAGGGUCCAAAAGAUCAGACAUAGUACAACCCCAUGUCAAUGGUUUUAUGUGUCAUCAGAAGUAAACCCAGCUGACAUUAAGUCGCAUGACUGUCAAUGAGCUGAUUAAGUCUAGCUGGUUCACUGGUCCUGCCUUCUUGUGGAAAAAUGAACUGCCCACUCCUCAAACAGUUGAGCUGGAUCUGCUCCUGGGAGAGCCAGAAAUCAGAAAAGUUCAGACACUGUUAACUAAAGUCACAAACACUGCGAGUCUUGCUGAACGUCUGAGUAAGUUCUCUUCAUGGUCCAAAGCAAUCAAAGCUGUAGCAUGUCUCAUAAGAAGAGCUGGACAUGUCCAGUCAAAUGCAUCGACUACAGUGAAUGAACAAGAAAAUGCUUAACAGGUGAUAGUUAGGGAUGUGCAGAGGCAAAAUUAUGGACAGGAAAUAAAACUAUUGGACAAAGGAAAACGAGUCCCAUGUCACAACAAACUGUUUAAACUUGACGUUUUCAUGGACACAGAUGGCCUCCUCAAGGUGGGAGGGAGACUCCAACAUUCACCAAUGAAUGACUCUUUUAAACACCCAAUUGUGAUUCCGAAAGAUCAUUAUGCCACCAAGCUCCUAAUUUCUCACUGCCACAACAAAGUAAAACACCAAGGAAAAGGAUUCACCAUGAAUUAAAUCAGAUCUAAUGGCUACUGGAUUCCGGGAAUGAAACUGUUGCUUCAUUCAUCCGUCACUGUGUGAUCUGUGGCAGACGCGGCAAAGCUCCUGAGGGUCACAGGAUGAGCGACUUACCUCCAGAACGCUUAGAGCCCUCGCCUCCCUUCACACACUGCGCAAUGGACUGUUUUGGUCCGUUUGUGACAACAGAAGGAAGGAAACAACACAAACGGUACGGACUCUUGCUUACAUGCUUUUGUUCUCGUGCUAUUCAUAGAGUUACUAGAAGACCUGUCCACGGAUGCAUUCAUUAAUGCUUUAAGAUGUUUCAUUUCAAUCAGAGGUGCAGUUCGACAAAUCCGAUGUGACCGCGGAACAAACUUUGUUGGUGCUCAAAAUGAGUUUAAAGCAGCGUUGGGUGAGCUGGAAACUCAGAGACUGAGCACUUACCUUUCCAAAAGACAAUGUGACUUUGUGAUGAAUCCACCCCACUCCAGUCACGCUGGGGGAGUCUGGGAGCACCAGAUAAAGACUGUCAGGAGUGUACUGAAUACCAAUUGGUCACUUGCUCAUGAUAGAUUAAAUGAUGCUUUGUUAAGGACUUUGUUCUAUGAAGCCAUGGCUACUGCUGAUACCUUGAACAGCCUUGACAGUUUAGAACCAAUCACACCCAAUCAACUGCUCCACAUGAAAUCCAACGCUCCGCUUCCCCCACCCCAGAUGUUUACUUCUUGUUCAACUUAUGUAGUUGAACAAGGAACAACUCGAAAGAAAUACUUUCACUCAUCCUUUUCUGCUUGUAAAAGGAAUCUGAAAGUCGGUGAUGUUGUGUUGGACAUUGACGAACAAGCACCCAGAGGUGAAUGGAAACUUGCAAGAGUUUUAGAGAUCUUCAGUGGAAAUGAUGGACUUGUGCGAAGAGCAAAUAUCUCACAAGGAGAACAGAGACUAAAUAACAAAGGUCAACGCUCCACUAAGCUAUCGAUUGUAGAGCGUCCGAUACAAAAACUUGUCUUGAUGGUAGAAAGUAUCUGAGGUAACCUUUUUAUAAGGGUUUAUUUGUUUGAGAAAAUUGUUGUUGUUAUUUAAAUCAACACUUUAAUUUUGGUGGGAGUGUAAAUAACCCCAAGUGAAUUUCUUAAGUUGCAAAGCAGUAAUAUUUUUGGUACUUACUGUGUUGUUUAUAAUCAGUUAAGACUAACUUCCUGUUUGAUAUUUGGAUGCUUUUAUUUUGAAAUGACUUCCUGUUUUGAGUGAGCGCGAACUAGCUUAACGGCAAAGAAAGGACUGACAAGUAAAAAGUCGACACAGAGUGAAAUAAAUUAUCAGUAUUUUGUGCUAAGCAACCCCCUUGAUCGAGGCACAAGGUAUGUUUAUAGUGUAAAUGAAUCGCUACAUAUUUGUGUUAUCAGAAUUGUAUAUUUGUUGAUUUUUGCUGCCAGAGCUCCAGAUUACUGAUUUUGUAAACUUUAAGAUAGAUGGCUCUAAGAGUAUGCCUUUUAGUUUACAACUUGUUUUUUGUGUAU